CUGAUUGGUUAGUGUGGGGAAAGGCUCGACUGGUAUUUUCUGGACGUUUCUUCUCAGCUGAUUAUAGCGACGUCACACCGUCACAGUGACAGAGGAGCUGGUAACAUCAACAGGACGGAGGCUGGGAGACGGCAGGCAGCAGCAGGAUAUAGCAUCCGCCCUUUUCCCUAGCGAUGCUCCCAAAACUGACUAGGAACCAUCCCAGAUUAGACCUUGAUAACAAUUACAGCUCAGUGCAAAAAUGAAAACAAUAAAGGACAGAUAGUUUCCAGCACACAAAAUCAUGGGGGACUACUACGAUAUACUUGGAGUUUCCCGUAAUGCCACACAGGAUGACAUCAAACGAGCAUAUCGGAAGCUGGCUCUCAAGUGGCAUCCAGACAAGAAUCCAGACAACAAGGAGUUUGCAGAGAAAAAGUUUAAAGACAUUGCGGAAGCUUAUGAGGUGUUAUCAGACGUAAAUAAGCGACAAACUUACGAUCAUUAUGGUAAAUCUGGAUUCUCAGGACCUGAACCUGCCAGACCCAACGCAGGCUCCAGAUAUAAUGGUUUUGCCUACACAUUCCGGAGCCCUGAGGAAGUAUUCCGGGAAUUUUUUGGUGGCAGAGACCCCUUCUCUGAUUUCUUCGGUGAUGACAGUUUGUUCCCUGGGAUGGGUGGUGAAGAAAGGCGUCACACACACUCUGCACCAUUGUCAGAUUUUUUUCCAAGUAGCAGAGUUUUCUCAUCCUUUUCGUCUUUUGGAAGUGAUGGAUUUGGAAUGGCUGGGAAUGUUGCCUCGAUGUCCACCACAACCACAGUUGUUAAUGGGAAAAGAAUAACAACCAGACGGAGAGUAGAGAAUGGGGUGGAGCGAGUUGAGGUGGAGGAGGAUGGCCAGCUGAAAUCCAUCCAGGUGAACGGGGUAGAGGAUGAACUUGCCCUUGCACUGGAAAUGAGCAAAAGGGAUCAGAGAGAUGCGCCAUCCACCAACACACGGCUCAGAGAGUCCCCAUACAACGUACAGCGUACUCGGAGUUCCUCCCCGGCUUAUGUGGUGUUGGACAGCGAUGAUGAAGAUGAGGAUCUUCAGCUGGCUAUGGCUUACAGUCUUUCUGAGAUGGAAGCUGCAGGGCAACACCAAGCAGGUGUGAAAAUGAAACAGAAAAAAGUGAAAGGACAGCCAGAAGAGGUAGUGGGACAGCACAAAGGGCAGAGACAGGGAGAUCAGUCAAGGCACCAUCAGAUGGUAGAUCAGCCCAGGCAUCAGCAGGCAGAACAUCAGCAAAAGCAAAUAGAGGAAGCUGAAAGCAGGGGGGAGCAGGGGAGCUUAAAAACCGAAGACAAAGAUGACAAAAAGAGCAAAAGUAGAUGUUACAUCUGUUAGUGACUCUGGGCUUUAACAAAACCCUACAGCUUAUGCAAACAUUUGAUGUGAGAGUGAGAUUUAUUUAUUUUUUAAUCUAUAUAACAGACCUCUGCCUCUGCAAAGUGUUGCACUUCUUUUUCCUCAGGCAGCUAUAGCAGUGGAUUAUACAGAGUUGACAAGCUUGCGUUUUCUAAAAGCACUUUAUGUAUUAUGUCUUCCUUCCACCUGCCCUGCAAGACAUGCAGAGCGCGGCCUCAUCUAGUCAGAUGGAUCUCUGCUGGGCACUUACUCGGGAUAGCUUCCCGAAGAGUGCAGUUUCUGGCUGUCUGCUUGUUGCUUUCACUCUGUUACUGUGCGGUUUCACAAUUGUGGUCAGGGAUGAAGACCCUGAUCAACUAGCAAGUGCCUUUGAAAGUUAGAAUGUAAAUUAGGCAUAAAUCUCAACUGUACUUAAUGGGAUAGUGGAACAUUGAUAUCAUUUUGUGACAUUGCCAUCAUUUUGUGCCAUAUAGUUUAUGUAAUUUAUUUACCGGAUUCCAUUAAAAGAAAAUCUUCAGUGUU